AUGUGCUUCCGCAAGCUCGAGCAGAAGGUCCCAGAAUGGAACAAGUUCCUCGUAGAUGCCUCAAACCAACUAGGAACCUGGUCCGAUCAGCUCGGAGCUCGCCUUGUUGGGAGAUGGAAGAGUGGUUGUCUAAUCUCGCUCUCUCCAGACUUUGAUGACACAACUAUCGCCAAUGACCCAAACAGGAUCAACAAGUUUGAGUUCGAUGCCGGUUACAACUUCAAGUGUCCAAUGGGUGCCCACAUCCGCGAGGUCAAUCCGCGAGGCGACCUCGGUAGGUCGACUGUCAACCAAUUCCGCAUCAUGCGCCGUGGUAUACCCUACGGAGAUGAGGUAGAUGCCAACCCUAGCGGGGAGCGUGGCCUGCUCUUUGUCUGCUAUCAGGGCAAUAUCUCCACCGGCUUUCAAUUCAUUCAGCAGACCUGGGCUAAUCAGCCUGGCUUCAUCGGAAAUGGUGCUGGACUAGACGCUGUGAUGGGUCAGAGCAAUACUGAAAAGACCGUCGACAUGAAGGGCUUGUUUCCACAAGAUGCCAAUCGACCGCUGCCGCUGUCGGGCGUUAAUCGGUUCGUGGUCGUUCGUGCGGGAGAGUACUUCUUCACGCCGUCGAUGAGUGCUCUUCGGGGAGCUUUGUCGACUGUCAAAGGUGCACAUCAAGGACUCUAA